AUGCCCGAGACCCUCAACAAAAGUGAAAACAAUGGUGGUACGGGUGACCGGACACAAUCCGAGUCUGGGGUUAUUCCAUUACAGCCACCCAGUCCUCCCAGGCCUGGAAUCCUGACUGUUAAGCUCGGCUCCGCUUAUCGCCUGAGCCUACCAGACGAUCUAGACCUGGACGAUUCAGAAGCGCCUGUUCCGAAGAAUACUUUCGCUGACCCGGAAGUGUGCGAGCGAUGGCGGCUGUACGCGAUCGGAGAAUAUGAAGGGUUCCAGGUGUCUACAGAAGCGAUGGCCGUCCACGCCACUAAGGGAGCGGUUUCAUGGGCCGCAUGGCACCGGCCAUUUAAGUUUGAGGUCUCUGCGUCUCCGUCUUCCAAGUUGACAGUAUCCCUAUUCGUCAGGGACAGCAAGUCUAAUGCGACGACGUCGUCGUUGGGAGGAUACGAAAACCAAGUUGUACCCCUUGGACUGAUCAGAUUGAACCCGUUCCUGGAAACUUCGGGUGAGCAAAGGGUAGACAUCCAGAAUGGCACAGGGAGAGUGGAACUUGAGGUUUCCUACACGGAGAAGGAGGCAUGUCCCUUGGAGACGCGGGCAGUGUGGAGCGUCCGCGGUGCGCGCAGUUCUGGUGAUCUUGAUCUCGUUUACGUUGAAAAGAAAGACACGGGUCGAAGCUACGGCAUGAAGGUUAUUGACAUUCGCACUGUCCACGACGUUGUUGCUCCUGGAUCUGAGGCUGAUAUUGAUAUUAACAUGGCACCCAGACUUAGCCUCCGCUCUGCGAUCCAACACCCUUUCAUCGCACCGCUCAAAUUCGCUUUCAAGUCGUCCCGGGGGACGCUGAAACUCCUUUCACCACUGGCUAGCGGUGGAUACCUUUUUGACCAUUUGCAAAGAGAGCGGCGGUUUGAUGUUAACAAGGCUAGAUUUUACGCUGCGGAGCUGGUUUCCACACUGGAAUACCUGCAUAACAAACAUAUCAUUCUUAUUUCUCUGGAGCCAGAGAACAUUCUUUUAGAUUCCUCUGGCCAUGUCAGUCUAUGCAAGCCUGGGCUUUUUGGAUUGGAACUGGGGGAGAUGGGAGACGGGGACAGACAUCGCAUUUUACCCGGCACGCCCAAGUAUCCAGCACCCGAGGUCCUUCUUGACAACCGAGAGGCUUCCCGGGCAGUGGAUUGGUGGGCUUUGGGGAUAGUUCUCUAUGAGAUGUUAACGGGCAUACCCCCUUUUUACCACAAGGACGGCGACGAGCGCCGGCACAAGAUUAUUAACCAAGACCUGCAGCUCCCCGAGAGCCUGCCAUCAACCGCGAGGGACGUUUUAACCAAGCUCCUCGACAAAAACCCCCUACAACGCUUAGGUGUAAAUGGAGCUGCCGAAGUAAAAGCCCACCCGUUCUUCCACGAUUUGAAGUGGCAAGAAUGCCUCCAGCGGAAAUAUACAACUCCCUUCAAGCCCCACGACGCCGCAGCGGUCUUCUGGCGUGAACCUUAUACAUACCAGCCCAUCGAACGCGCGGAAAGAGAGCAACGAGAAUUUCAAGGCGAGGUGUACGAGCAAAUAGGCACCACUGAGUUUCCUUUGUGGCUACCAAUAGGCUCGGUCAAUGACAAAAGUAACGUCAUAGACAAGAAGGCUUCAUUAGACCCCAGGGAUGAUGACAAAUGGGAGUUAACGUGGGAGCCGACAACUCAAGAAUUUCAUUUCAAGAAUCGUUUCACUGACGAAAGGGUUACGGCCAAGCCCAAAGUUACAGUCCGGGACAGAAUAUUCCCACCGGCGGCUGAACAUCCUAGUGAGCGCCAGAAAGAGGAAGCUCUUGCGGCUGCAUUAGAAGCCGGGUACAGCAAGCAUGUGUUCUCUCAAAUCCUAGGAUACGGUACAAAUCUGAACGUCUGGAUUCUUGACUACGACCAGACGCCCCACGGCAUAGAGAUUAUACCGAAUACUCCGGACAUAAUACCCGUUACACCACUAGAAUGGGCCGUGGUGCACGAAAGGCUCGAUCUCGUCAAUCUAUUCCUAGAUAACGGCGCUGACGCGAACUUUACCAUCUCCCCAAGAAAAGGACCGGCUCUGCUUAAGGCAGCGGAAAAAAGGUACCACAGGCUGGUUGAGAUUCUUGUGCAGAAAACCGACCGUGUUUCCUGCACCAGAGCCCUUGCUCUCGCUGUGGAGCAGCAGGACGCCGCGACUGCCAACACCCUGCUUGCACACGGCGUCCACUGCGACUUUAAAGAAUCAGAUCGGCCUCUUCCGCCUCAUCCAUUCCUUUGGGACUACGACUCUAACCUUUUGAGAGAGCUAGAAGCGGAGGACUUUACGCCUCCUCUCGUCCGGGCUGCCAGACUAGGCAACGAGGAUCUGGUCGCGUUGCUACUUGAACACGGUGCUAAUGCCAAUAUCGCGUACCACGAUCUAGGCGAUCGCCGCUGCGCACGACACCACUGUGGAUAUGAAAACAGAGACUUGACAAUACCAGCCAACUUCUCCUGCGGAAGGGUUGUACAGAUAGCAAUGGAGAUGGGUCAUUCUGAGAUCGUCCAAUUGCUCGUCGAUGCCGGCGCAGAUAUUAAUCUUACACACCCGGUCUGGCCUAUACCAGUCUGGCCUGUGCCGGGCCACAUAUGUCAGCCGGUACCAAGGGCUGUGUACGUCGAGGUAAGGGCUGGCUUGGAGGCAGCGGUAGCAGCAAGAAGAGAGGACAAAACCUAG